AGCAGAGAAUUAGCGCAGAAACAAAGAGAGCCACGUUUGAGUUUAACUUCCUGACGCAACGUGUUCAUGACCUCGUUUCAGAAGCAGUUUGUUGAUUUGACUGAACCAUCGCUGGCAUCAUCGUUUCCCACAGGCUGGAAAACUGUGUGAGUUCAUUAAACUGGGAAAAACAAAGUGAACUGGGUCACAUUUAAACUAUUGAUUUAGUUCAUGAGAUGUUUGAACUUAAACAAAACUGGGGGAGUGUUGUGCCAAUCUGCUCAGAUUGGUUGACAGUCAAGCGAUGACUCAGGCUCCAUUUACUACAAAACAGACUCACAUUCGCCUGUAUCUUUACCACAUCUUCAUUUUGUAGUGAAGCAGUGCUCCCUAAAAACUCUCAAAAUGGCUCUCUCACUCUUCACCGUCGGACAAUUAAUUUUCUUAUUUUGGACAAUAAGAAUCAAUGAAGCCAACCCCGACCCCGCAGCCAAAGCUGCCGCAGUCGCCGACCCUGCCGCAGCCGCUGUAGCCCCCGCCGCUGACGCCUUCUCAGCAGCCGCCGACACUGCCUCUGACGCCGCCGCCGCCGCAGCCGCCACCGCCGCUGCCGCCAAAGCCGCCGCCGAAAAAACCGCCCGAGACGCCGCUGCAGCAGCCGCAGCCACCGCCAGAGGUUAAGGAUCGUGGUCGUCUUGAUGUGGGAUCAUGUGAACAUCUGACCAGCGAGAUGUUACCAAUCUGCUGAAUAAACCUGAGAAGCUGUUUGUUGAAAA